AUGGAGAGUUCAGCCGGCGACACAUGGCCAAUUCAAAAGCGUUUUAUACCUGCAUUUCUGGGACGACUGUUUCUAGUUGUUUACGCUAAGUUGCACGAUUACUUGUUCCACGUAAGUAAAAAACACUUAAAAAACAUUUGUGGUUUAGGUUCGGUUCACAGAUAUAGAUUAUGUGGUGUUUACUGAUGCUGCAAGGCACGUCUACAAUGGGGAGUCACCAUUCGCUAGGGACACCUAUAGAUAUUCUCCAUUCUUGGCGUGGAUCUUGGUUCCAAACUUGUUCUUUUGGGAUUUUGGUAAGUUUUUGUGGUAUGAUUAAGAUUUCAAAGCAUCGUUUGAUUGGGUUAAUAUUCCAUUUAAUUCAAUUAUUUAAAUUGUUUUAAUUUCCAAAAUUUUAAAUUAAUUUUGUAAAAUAAGCUAAAAUUAUAGGAAAAAUACUGUUUUGCAUAACUGAUGUCUUGGCUGGAUGGCUGAUUUACGAAAUAGGAAAAGAUACUCAGCCAACUGUUCUAAUUGGUGCUCUCAGUGCAUGUUGGUUGUUUAACCCGUUCACCGCUAUUAUAUCAGCUCGCGGUAAUGCUGAUGUUGUAGUUUGCACCGCGGUUUUGUCGGUACUGUUAUUGCUCAAGAAAAAGCAGGUAGGUAUAAAUAUAAUAAUGUUUAUAUUGCACGUUUUUAAUAAAAAUAGAGAUGAAGUAUUAUAUUGUAAUUUUAGUGGUUACUGGCUGCGUUGGUGCACGGUGUUGUGGCGAUUCAUUUGAAGAUAUAUCCGGUCAUUUAUCUUCCAUCUGUGUUUUUGUAUCUUGCCAACCUGAAUAGAUCAGAAUCGUGGUGUACAUGGAUCAGAAAGAGUAUUUGCAAUUGGAAGGGAUUCACUUAUGUCUUUGUAAGUUUAUAUCCUCAAAUUAAUUCUUUUGGUUCCAUGUCAAGGACUUUGUUUAAUUUUUUUCAGAGUAGCAUUCUCGGUUUUUUGGCACUUCUGGGUAUUGGGUUUAUGCUAUAUGGAGAGACUUUCUUGGAAGAAUACCUGUUUUAUCACGUUCAUCGAAAAGACAUCAAACACAACUUCUCACCGUACUUCUUGCCAUUAUAUCUGGCUAAAGAUGAUGAGUUUUGGUCAAAAGUCAUCGGAUUUGGAGCUUUUGUUCCUCAAGUCUUCUGCAUAGUGUUGUUUAGUGUCAGGUAUGUUUUUCGAAAGUUACAGUUGUUUGUGAAAUACGUUUUACGGUAAAAACAUAUUUUAUAUAUAUACUGGUGCUGUUUUUAGGUAUUAUAAUGAUUUACCGAUGGCUUGGUAUUUGACAACAUAUACUUUUGUGUCCUUCAAUAAAGUUUGUACUUCGCAGUACUUUAUCUGGUACAUAUGCUUCUUGCCUCUUGUGGCUGCACGGAUUAACGUAUGUUUUUAAGAAUUAGUACUAAUUUUUAAAUUUAAAUAUUUCAAAAACAUUAACAUUAAUGUUUUAGUUAUGUUCAUCUCAAGUUCUGGCGCUCAUUGCUCUGUGGUUCAUCGGUCAAGGUAUCUGGUUGUUACCUGCUUACUUCCUCGAGUUCAAGGGAAUUCCAUGCUUUGAACUGAUCUGGCUGGCCUCACUUGUAUUCCUUGCUAUUAACGUUUAUAUUAUCAGCAAGAUCUCGGUCAAUUACGUGUCUACUGAACGAUCUCACAGUAAAGUCGAGUAACGCUCGACUUGUUAUUGUAUUUAUUAGCUCAAUAAAUUAUUUUAUUUUAAACAUAUUGUUUCAGUUAGUGGUUUGUAUCCGUUUACAUGUUUUUACAAUUGUAAUAACAAGUUUCUGUAAGUAUGAUUUUGUAUAAACUUAAAUUGAAACGUAUAGUAAUAUAUUAUGUUGUAGAUGGUGUUGUAUUUGAUUGGUCUUGGACUCGGAUCAGAAGAUGAUAUUACUGUCAAGGGAUUGAGAGUGAUAAAGGCUUGUUCCAAAGUUUAUUUGGAGAGCUACACGAGUAUAUUGUCGUAUGGUUAUGGAGUAGAUAAGGCCAAGUUGGAAGAGUUUUAUGGCCGAGAACUUCUGGAAGCUGAUAGAGAGUUUGUAGAGCAAGGCUGUGGUAGGUGUUUAUGGAUUAUGAAAAGUAUCUUAUUAUUUUUUGGUUUAAAAGUUGUUUUUAGAUGAUAUGAUUAAUGAAAGUAAAGAGAGUGAUGUCGCUCUACUGGUAGUAGGUGAUCCUUUUGGAGCUACCACUCAUGCCGAUCUUGUCAUACGUGCAAAAGAACAAGGUGUCAAAGUAGAGGUGAUACACAAUACUUCUAUUUUGAACGCCGUGGGUUGCUCGGGAUUACAGGUAAUCUUUAUUUAUUGAGUAGAAAUGUUUAAUAGACAUUUAUAUGAAGCUAAAGGCAAAAAACUAGUUUAGUUGUACGCUUUUGGAGAAGUUGUGUCAAUUGUAAUGUGGACAGAUACUUGGAAGCCCGAAAGUUUCUACGAUAAGAUUGCACAGAACAGAGAACGAGGACUUCACACUUUGUGCUUGCUGGAUAUCAAAGUGAAGGAGCAGACGGUGGAGAACAUGAUAAAGUGAGAUUUACAUACAUAUUAGGUCAUUUUUCGUUAUUUUACAUUUAAUUUUAUAAUUUGUAUAGUUUUACAAUUUAUUCCGGUAUUGUUGUAGAAGAAACAAAAAGUUUGAGCCACCACGGUUUCUAACUUGUUCUCAAGCUGCAGGACAGCUGCUGGAGAUUCUCAAGAACCGAAGAGAUUCUGGAAAGGAAUUGGGUAUGUUUGGAAUUCUUAUUAUCUUUUAUUUACAGCAUUUGACGAGAAAACUACUGUAGUUGGUAUGGCCCGAGUUGGAUGGCCUGAUCAACUGAUCAAAGCACUACCUUUGCAAGAGAUGGCACAUUUUGACAUGGGAUCUCCUCUUCAUUCUCUGACUGUACCUGGGAAUCUUCAUCCCUUGGAGAGUCGGAUGCUGGAACUCUUCUGA